CGCUGGAGGCCCUGGAGGAGCUGGAUGAUAUCAGCCUCGCCCGGAAUGAGCUGAUAGAGGAAAGCUUCACCCCAACGGAGCUGAUAGAUGAGAACCCCCGUCAGAGGGAGCUUCAAGAAGUCCCCUCAGAGAAUGACAAGCAGAGCAUGAAGAAGGAGAAGAAAAAGCAGGAGAUGAAGGUGAAAAGGGAGAAGGAGGAGAAGAAGAAGCAGGAGAAGAAGGAGAAACAGGAAAGCAAGAAGAUGGAAGAGAUGGAGAAGAAAGAAGUGAAGAAGAUAGAGAAGGAAAAGAAGGAGAUCGAAAAGAAGGAGAAACAGGAAACAAAGAAGAGGGAGGAGAUGGAGAGGAAAGAAAGGAAGAAGAUAGAGAAGGAAAAGAACGAGAUCGAAAAGAAGGAGAAACAGGAAACAAAGAAGAGGGAGGAGAUGGAGAGGAAAGAAAGGAAGAAGAUAGAGAAGGAAAAGAACGAGAUCGAAAAGAAGGAGAAACAGGAAACAAAGAAGAGGGAGGAGAUGGAGAGGAAAGAAAGGAAGAAGAUAGAGAAGGAAAAGAACGAGAUCGAAAAGAAGGAGAAACAGGAAACAAAGAAGAGGGAGAAGAUGGAGAGGAAAGAAAGGAUGAAGAUAGAGAAGGAAAAUAAUGAGCAAGAAGGAACGACGACGGGGAAAUGGUGGAGCUGUUGCUGCUGCUUCUGA